CCUUCUUUACCGUAAAAAUGCAGGUUCGACGUGAAUUAUGCUCUGGUAGUACCUUUAUUGAACAUUUUAUGUGCCCGAUUUGUGACAAGCUUGUCGUUGACAUGUUAAUACAUGAUGGUGGCUACAACCAGCCUUUUUGCCAGAAACCUUUUUGUACAAACUGCCUGACCAAGAUGUGGCGAGUUACCGACAAGAGUUUUGUUGGACCCCUUAAGAAAAGGGUGUUUAAAUGUCCGGUGGUCGGUUGUACUAUACCUCUACAGCAGCCUAUGGUUCGAGCAGCAGGUCCAGCUGAGAAUUAUUAUUACAAACGGAUAAUGAUCACCUGUGAGUCUUGCCAGCAACGGAUGGGACCGUACCUGUAUGAAAAUCAUCCUGAAAAAUGUCCUGGUAAGCCUCUAGGAGUAAUUGAGCUGGUGGAUGGACAAGGGCCGCUCUUAGAGAAUCCUAAUUCAAGUGAUGACUCUUUGUUUGAGAAGAAUCUGUUGAGUGCUGGGAACAGUUCUCCCGAUUUGAUUGGAAAAGCAACUUACGCCCGGUACUUCACUGAGCCUCGAAGAAUGGUGUUCGGAGUUAGUUUCGCACGAAAGGAAAAUGAGGUCCGAAUAAAUUCAGAUGAAAAAUAUGACCAGUUAUUAACUAAAAUGCGGACACACUAUAAUUUUGCUGUUUGUACUGAUUUGGUGAAUAUCGAGAUAAAAGAGCUAGGAAAAAAUUUAAAGAUUGAUGAGUUCUUAGCAGAUAUUAACGUCGGAGCGCCAUUAAAUGUUUGUCGAGCCAGCAACUGGACAUCUGAGCAAAGUAAGGUUCAAUUCUGCUACAUACAAGGCGUUAACAAAGAUGAUGUCAAGACUGGACAGAAAGUGUUCCCAACAGAGGCUAUCGAAGAGUAGAUUAAGAUUAAGGUG